UUUCUGAAGUUCAUCCAUUCAUCCAUUCGUUCUCCAGUUACUUUGUUCUCUUUUGCUUUGACAAAGAAUAAAGUGCACGAGACUUUGGAAAAAAUGAUCUAGAUAAAAAGGGUUGCUUGUAGAGAAAGAAUAUAAUCAAGGUCUUUUCAAGUUUUGGAUGGUGGAGGUGGUGGGAGUGGUGCAAGGUGGUUGCAAGUGAAAAAGUGGCGGUGAUGGAGAGAAUGUAUGGUGGAGUAGGUGGUGGUGGAGUUGGAGGGAAUUGCUAUCCUUUUGAAAGGAAUGGAGGUGGUGGUGGUGGUGGCGGCCUUGGUGGGGUGGUGAUGACUAGAGAUCCAAAGCCAAGGCUGAGAUGGACUGCUGAUCUUCAUGAACGUUUUGUUGAUGCUGUUACAAAGCUUGGUGGCCCUGAUAAAGCAACUCCCAAGUCAGUUUUAAGGGUAAUGGGCUUAAAGGGAUUGACAUUGUACCAUCUCAAGAGUCAUUUACAGAAGUACAGGCUUGGACAGCAGGCCAAGAAGCAGAUUCCAGCUGAACAAAGCAAAGAGAACAGCGGCGAUACUUUUGGACAAUACAGCUCUCAUGCUUCAGGCUCCAUUUCCUCAAGAGUGAACACAGAAAAAAGGGAAAUCCAAAUCUCAGAGGCACUAAAAUGUCAGAUUGAAGUGCAGAAAAGAUUACAAGACCAGCUUGAGGUGCAAAAGAAAUUACAGAUGAGAAUAGAGGCCCAAGGGAAGUACCUACAGGCAAUUCUAGACAAAGCUCAAAAGAGCCUUUCGCUCGACGUUAAUAAUCCCGGCAAUCUAGAAGCAACAAAAGCUCAACUCUCUGAAUUCAAUCUGGCCCUGUCAAGCUUCAUUGAGAAUGUAAAUGCAGAAGAAAGAAAUGCCGAGAUUAUGGAUAAACGCAUGCUAAACGACAUGAACAGAAAAAUGUCUGAGCAGAAUUACUUGGGGUUGAAUCAUGGAGAAACAAAUGAUGUCAAACUUAGGCUAGAAGGAGCUUCCAUAAAUUUUGACUUAAAUACCAGAAGUAGCUAUGACUUUAUUGGCACCAGUUGAGCUCUUCUGGAGCCAAACCACUUAAUAGAAGUAAAAAUGGAGACAGCCUUUCAGUUCGUUUUCAUACUGUGUGCAUAUAACACUCUACAGUUGGAUUAACUUAUUCUUCAAUGCCUCAUUGUUUUCAACUCAAGGCAUCAGUAGAAGUAAACUUGUUUAAGUGGAGAGAUAUAAUCGUUUGAAUUCAGGUGAAUCUUUGUGAAUAAAAUAUUGGUGGAAGGCUGGAAGUUCAGUACAUGCUUUCAAGAA